AAAAAUUAAUGGCACGUACGAUGAUCAGAAUACCACUAUGUAUUAGCAUCAUUUUUCUACUUGGUCUCUUUCCAUGAAAAUCAGGGAGAAUAGAAUUAACUGAUUGGCCUUCUUAAUUUCCAAAAUCCACUAUUGAUGAUUUGUAAAACCUUUUCCUUAAUCACAACACACGAAAAGUACACGUGAAACACAGACGAUCUUGACUUGGAACAAGUCCAUGGGAAUGCCAUGCACUUCAUUCAUAAACUUAGCAUUAUCAUUGAAGGGAAGCAUUAGACACAAACAUGGCAUCCAUUAAUUAUGAGCCAAAACUUCUUGCAAUUUUAAGCACCUCAAUUUUCGUGUCCUGUAUUUUUGUAUCGAGUACUGGUCUCGUGGCUGCACUUGAUGACUCAGCCUUGCUAGCAUCAGAAGGCAAGGCUUUGCUUGAGAGUGGAUGGUGGAGUGACCGCAGCAACGUCACCUCACAUCGUUGCAGGUACUGGCCUGGCAUAUUUUGUAAUAGGGCUGGAAGCAUCACUGAAAUUUCCCCACCUCCAGAGUUCCUCAAGGUGGGAAAUAAGUUUGGAAAGAUGAACUUUUCUUGCUUCUCAAACCUUGUCCGUCUCCACCUGGCCAACCAUGAGCUCAACGGAAGCAUCCCGCCUCAAAUUUCUAUCCUCCCACAACUCAGAUACCUCAACCUGUCCUCAAAUAAUCUGGCAGGUGAGUUACCGUCUUCACUUGGAAAUCUCAGCCGAUUAGUUGAGCUUGAUUUUUCUUCCAAUAAUUUCAUCAAUUCCAUCCCUCCAGAACUCGGCAAUCUUAAAAAUCUUGUUACUUUGACCUUGUCUUAUAACAGCUUCAGCGGGCCAAUCCCUUCGGCACUUUGUCAUUUGGACAAUCUAACGCAUUUAUUUAUGGAUCAUAAUAGUCUCGAAGGUGCCCUCCCUAGUGAAAUAGGGAACAUGAGAAAUCUAGAGAGUUUGGACGUGAGUUAUAAUAUACUUAAUGGUCCAAUCCCUCGAACAUUGGGGAGGUUAGCCAAAUUGAGGUCUUUGAUCCUUUCUCGCAACGCAAUCAAUGGAUAUAUCCCUUUAGAAAUAGGAAAUUUGACGAAUCUAAAAGAUUUACAGCUUAUAUCUAAUUUCCUAGUUGGUUCAAUUCCUUCAACGAUAGGUUUUUUAUCCGAUUUGACUAAUCUAGAUCUUUCUUAUAACGUAAUCAAUGGAUCCAUCCCUUCGCAAAUAGGAAAAUUGACGAAUCUAGAACAUUUAGAUCUUUCCUCUAAUAUCCUAGCUGGUUCAAUUCCUUCUACACUUGGUCUUUUAUCCAAUUUGAUUCUUUUGCAUCUUUUUGACAACCAAAUCAAUGGAUCCAUCUCUUUCGAAAUAGGAAAUUUGACAAAUCUAUGUCGUUUGUUUCUUAAAGGCAACAAAAUCAGCGGUUCGAUUCCUAUUUCAUUAGGAGAUUUGAGAAACUUGGCAUUUCUAGACCUAUCUAACAACCAAAUCAAUGGAUCCAUAGCUUCAUCUUUGAAGAAUUGUAAAUAUUUGACCUAUCUAGAUUUGAGCUACAAUAAUUUAAGUGGACAAAUACCCUCCCAACUACAUAAUUUGCCCUCUUUAUCUUAUGUGAAUUUUCGCCAUAAUAACCUCUCAGGCUUUGUUCCCUUGCAAUUGCCACAACCCUUUGAUUUGUCUUUCACCUGCGAUUCUCUUCAUGGGCAAAGAACCAACAGUCCUGAAAUUUUUCAAGCUACUGCAUUUGAGGGCAACAAAGAUUUACACCCUGAUUUCUCACGUUGUUCAUCUAUUUACUCCCCACCUUCAAAAGACAACAGAAUAAUUCAUUCCAUCAAAAUAUUUCUUCCUAUCACCACCAUUUCACUUUGUCUCUUGUGUCUCGGAUGUUGUUAUCUGUCUCGAUGCAAGGCUGCCCAACCUGAGCCAACAUCAUUAAAGAAUGGAGACUUGUUUUCCGUAUGGAAUUAUGAUGGGAGGAUUGCAUACGAAGACAUCAUUGCAGCGACCGAGAACUUCGACCUCAGAUAUUGUAUCGGAACCGGUGGUUAUGGGAGCGUCUACCGAGCACAACUUCCAAGUGGGAAAUUAGUUGCCUUGAAGAAACUUCAUCAUCGAGAGGCAGAGGAGCCGGCUUUUGACAAGAGUUUCAAAAAUGAGGUGGAUCUGCUCACACAAAUACGUCACAGGAGCAUAGUAAAGCUUUAUGGAUUCUGUUUGCACCAGCGCUGCAUGUUUCUUGUUUACGAGUACAUGGAAAAGGGAAGCUUGUUUUGUGCCUUGAGAAAUGAUGUUGAAGCUGUGGAAUUGAAGUGGAUGAAAAGAGCACACGUCAUCAAAGACAUUGCUCACGCAUUAUCUUACUUGCAUCAUGAUUGCAACCCAGCAAUUGUUCAUCGAGACAUAUCAAGCAGCAAUGUUCUGUUGAAUUCAGAAUCCAAGUCUUUUGUUGCUGAUUUUGGUGUGGCUAGACUUCUCGAUCCUGGUUCGUCCAACCAUACUGUACUUGCUGGUACCUAUGGAUACAUUGCCCCAGAGUUGGCUUAUACUAUGGUGGUGACAGAGAAAUGUGAUGUUUACAGCUUCGGAGUUGUGGCGCUUGAAAGUUUGAUGGGAAGGCAUCCGGGAGAUAUCCUAUCAUCAUCUGCUCGGGCUAUUACACUGAAAGAAGUGUUAGAUCCUCGCUUGCCACCUCCAACAAAUGAAAUUGUCAUACAGAAUAUAUGUAUUAUUGCAAGUCUGGCAUUUUCUUGCUUACAUUCAAAUCCAAAAUAUCGACCUUCAAUGAAAUUUGUGUCUCAAGAAUUUCUAUCUCCCAAGAGAUUAUUGGGAGGUCUCGAGAUUUCUUUGUUGGAACUGCGAAAUCUUGGCAUGCACACAAAUGUAGGUGAGAUCACAGUUCCUUGCUGAAAAAGUCAACUUUGAGCUCACCUGGAACUUCAACGAGAGCCUCCAAGAGCAUGCGUUUAUAGAAUUUCUUAAUUUUGGAUGAAUUUUGUUUCUUUUGUUUUAGUACACUACAUGUCUUUGUAAUAUUUUAGUGUGACAUUGUAUGUAAUUUUAAUAAUGCACACUUUUCUUGUGCAUGAUGCUAUCAAUAUACAUGAGCAUCAUAUUAAGUCUACCUCUCGGUCUAGGUUGAAUUGAAAUCAUCACUCAUCUUAUAAUUAGGCAAAUCCCCACUUGAAAUAUGCAGAAGAUAUUUGUUAACUCCA